AUGGCGCAGGCGCAACAAGAAGAAGAAGAUGAAUUCGAUCCCCGGCUUGACUUCAUCAUGAAUUAUCUCAUAAAAUCCUUACGAAUAAAGCCCGAGAAAUGGCUUAAAAUGAUUAACACUGACGAAUUUAAGGUGAUAAUUAGGGACUUCCUGGAUGAGCCAAUACAUGAAGUUCUGGUCUUAUCGAUGGGCGGAGCAGGUCUGCUUGUCCCAAUGCUUGGCUACCCACCUGUGAUUAAAACCAAAGCAUGCUAUUUCAUCAGACUCAAAAAGGAAAGAGUGACUAAAGACAACUUCAGAAAUAUACUAAUUUUUGGAGACAUGUCUCCGAAACCUGUUCAUGACUUAUACGGAAUGGUUGAUGAUGUGUUCAUUCCUCUCUUAACUAGUCAGCCUGGAUGGCCUCAAGUAGUUGUGGAAGAUGUUAGAGAACACAUGUACAGGAUGAAAAAUGCCACUUACGAAAUGAUUGGCAAGAUGGAAGGAAAAACACUCCUCCCAAUGCCUAUGGGUGUGGAGAGAGUGCAUGAAGUCCAGCAGGCAAUAAUAUCAAGUGGAGGUCAAGAUGUGGACCUGCCUCUAAAGAGAGCCAUAGAGCAGAUGGUGGUAAAAUGGGGAACUCAGGUCAAAGAAAUACUAAACCAGAACUCAAGCUCUGUAUUUGAGAAAACACUCCACCCUGCACCUAGUGAAGAAAUUGAUUUCUGGAAUGCUCGUCUUAAAAAUCUUGAAAGUAUCUACCACCAGCUGAGAGACCCACGUGUAGCCAAAAUGGCAUCAAUUUUGGAAUUGACAGAAAGUGUGUAUUGCAAGAACUACAAAGAGCUAUUCAUUAAUGUAUUUGAAGCUGUGCUUGAAGCUCGUGAAAUUUCAGCAUUCAUGAAGGCCUUAAAACCACAGUUUGAUGUAAUUGAAAGCACAGAUUUCAAUGAAGUUCGUCCACAUCUGAAACCACUGAUGCAUGUUGUUUGCUUGACGUGGGGCUACUGUAGACAUUAUUGUAAUAAUACAAGAAUUAUUCUGCUUCUGCGUGAAAUUUGCAACAUGCUGGUUCAGCAGGCAUCAAAAUACCUUGACCCUGGAUCUCUUUUCCAAGGAGAGACUGAAGAAUCUUUAGCUAGAAUAGCUCAGUGUAUUGAGUCUCUGCAUAUUUUUCGGCAAAUUUUUGAGGAAAGUCGUCAAAAUAUUGCAUCAUAUUUCCCUGAAGAUGUACAACCCCAGUACUGGAAUUUUGGUGGAAGUCUUGUUUUUGAGUACAUGGAUAAAUUUAUAGAACGACUCAAUGCUGUGAAAGAUUUGUUUGCAACAUCGCUUGAAUUUCAGAAACUUGAAAAAGUAGAAGUUGGAGGGAUCAGAGCGAGAUGGCUUAGCCCAAGAGUUGAGAGUAUAUUUGCAGAGUUUGAAGAACUAUAUUCAUUCUUCAGUGGGGUACCAUAUGAUCCUUUGGACCCUGAUGAUGCCAGUUUUGAGAAAGAUUACACAAUGUUUCGUAACAGGAUUAGAGAUUUUGAUAACAGAUUGGCUGCUAUUUGCAGCCAAGCAUUUGAUGACUGUGUUAAUGUUGAAGCUAUUUUGAAGUUCAUCUACAUGAUGGGAAGCCUCCUUGAUCGUGAAGUUAUCAAAGCAUCAGUUGAACCAAAAUAUCAUAGACUGUAUGAUUUGCUACAUUCUGAGCUGGAUACAGUAAAGGCUAUGUUUGACAAAGACCUGAAAUGUUACAAAGAAAAAGGAGAAAUUCCUAUUGAUAACAAUUUUCCCCCAGUUGGUGGUACAAUUAUGAGGAUCAUUAUGUUACGAGAAAGGAUUUCCCCUGAAGUGGCAACAUUGAGAGCUCUUGAUCAUCCAUUAGCAGAAACUGAAGAAGCCAAUUAUAUAUAUAAGAAACAUGAUGAAAUGUUGAGUUAUCUGGAGAGAUUUGAAAGACAUAUUUUCAGAAAAUGGGCUGCUCAAGUUCCCAGAAUCUGCAAUGAAAACCUGGAGAAGACACUCAUGAUACGUCGUCCUGAUAUGUCUCUUACAUUGAACUUUGAUCAAGAGUUGAUCACCCUACUUUGUGAGGUGCGUUAUCUAAAUAUGAUGGGGGAGAAAAAUUUGCCUCAAGAAGCUGUUGAUCUGUAUGCAAGAAACGAAGAAUUACGUGAUUGGAUAUUUGACCUCAAUGCAACAAUGGAAUGGUACAAUGAAAUAAGAAGAAUAAGCAAUCCGAUAGAGUUUGAAAUCAUAAGCGAUGAAGUUGAGGAAAUUGACUUCCUCAUACAAGAAGCACUAGAUACCCUAAACUGGAAUUCAUUUAAACAUAAAGGAGGGGGUGUUGCUACUUAUGUAAGGAAAUGUAACCUAAUAAGUUCUGUAGAAAAAGUAUCAUGGGUUAAGGAUUAUUGUAUCGAGAAAGACUUUGAAGCAGUGAUAAUUAAGUUAAUGAUUGUAUCCGUCCCACUUAUUGUGCUAGGUAUAUAUCGAGCCCCUUCUGGUAAUCUCGAGGUUUUCCUGGAAGCACUGGAUAGUGUAUUGGGGAAGCUAAGCAAGGGUGGCAAUACAGUAAAUAUUGUAAUGUUAGGAGACUUUAAUAUAAACACACUAAGCAACAGACAGGAAUGCAAAGGUUUACAAGACUGCAUAAGAUCCUAUGAUAUUAAAGAUCUACUUGGUCAUGUGCCCACUAGAAUAACUGAGUCAAGCAGCAGUUCCAUAGAUCAUGUGAUGACCAAUUAUGAAAAUGUUGUUUCGGCACAGACUGUAAACGGGCACAUAUCUGAUCAUCUAGGACAAUUAUUAGUGAUUGGUUGUCUUAAUAAACUUAAACAAAACAAAAAAUUUGAGAAUGGAAGAUUAUUUUCUGAAUACAACAUCACCUUGCUAAAGAAUACUUUGGGUCAAGAAUCUUGGGAAUCAGUUUAUAGAGAAAGGGGAGUUGACAGCAAAUGGGAAGUAUUUGUAAAAAUUUUAACUAGACAUAUUGAUAUUACUAUCCCGGCAAAUAAGAUGAAUGUAAAUAAAAAUAAACCUCCAGUAGUCAAACGUGUAAAACUUGAUGAAAAAACGAAAAGACUCAAAGAAGGAAUGGAGUAUAUGUAUAAGCUACACAGAGAAACCAGUCUUGAUUCAUAUAAAGAGGAUUAUAAAAAAUAUAAAUAUGAGUAUCACAAGGAAGUAAGGAGAAGGAAAGUAGAACAUAUUAGUAAACAGAUCCGAAAUUCUGACUGUGUCUCAAAGUCGUGCUGGGCAGUAGUUAAUGAUAUGAGGAACACUGAUUCAAAAACUAAAAUUAAUAAUAUAGAGUUAAGUAUACAUAAUGAUAAUUUUUCUGAUCCUCAUAUAGUUAGCAAUAUAUUUAAUGAUUACUUUAUAGAUGCUAUUGAAAAUGAUACUUGCAUGAAACAGGAGAGGCCGUUUAAAUAUGAUAAGGAAAAGGAAAGGGACUCUUUGGUAUCAGUGUACAUAGAAAAAAUGCACGACAUGAUAAAGUGCCUAAAUGAUCGUCUGAAAAUGGCACAAGCAAAUAUUGAACACAUAAUUUCAAUGAUAGAACCUUGGACAAAAAUACCAUUAUAUGAACGUAAAGAUGGGAGAAAGGAAGCACUACUGUACCUAGAAGAUCGACAUAACAGGCUUGAGAAAAGGUACAAUGAAAUAAAGCAAGAAGCAGCAGGCACAGAAGCACCAGAAGGUCCUGAUGCUCACGAAGAAGAAGAUGCUGGCGAAGAACCAAAAAGAAAGAAAUCAAAAAGGGUAGUAGAGGAACCCAUUGAGAAAGAUGUGGGAAUAGAGCUACUUGGUGUCAAGGCAGGAAAAACUAAGAAACAGGAACCAGAAUGGAAACUGGAAGAAUUUGCUUUUGAUGAUGAAGAAAAACCACCUGAAGAGGAAGAACCAGUAGUUGAAGUUAAACCAGCUAAAGAGAAGACAUCGAAAGGAGACCUCAAAAAAAAGAAAAAGAAAUCUGUAGAACUUCCAGCCCCACCAGGCAAGAAGCCAGGUGCAAAAGGACGCCCACCGCCAGAGCCAGAGCCAGAACCAGAGCCAGAAGAAAUAGAGGAGGAAGAAGAACUAGAACUCACAGAAUCAGAAUUGUUCCUGCAACAGAGGAGAGCUGAGAAAUGGGAGCCAUAUGUUGAAUUUGUGGAUGACCUUGUGUUUGAAGGAUUACAGGCAACACUUAUAUGCAGUGCCAGUUCUGUUUCUAGCGCAUUCAGUGAUGCUGACGAGGCAAAUGACUCAGCUGAUAGCAAAUCUGUAACAGGGUACACUAUUUUGUUAGCUGGAAUAGCAAUCAGCUGGAACAAUACAAGGCAGUCCAUUGUACUCAUCUCCACAGCAGAAGCUGAAUACAUUGCAAUGUUUGAGAUGUAUAAGGGAGUGGAAUGUCUAUCCUUAUUUGUGGAUCAGAUGGACCCUGAUUCUGGAGGUGCUCCACUGUUUGCAGUGUCAUUGGUACUCAAAGAACCUGAGCUUAUGUUUAUUCCUUCACUAGCUACUGAUGACCCAGAUGGCUUCUAUAAACUUGUAGAGAGCUUGAUCAAAGAUAUAAUGCGAAUGGCUUUCCUGAUUGAAAGAGUUAGCCAGAACCCAGAAAAAUUACGUUACAAGCAUGAACUGGAAGCCAAUGAAGAACUCAUAGACAUGAGGCAGGAGAUGAUGUGCCAUGUGCAGCUUGCAAUGGAUGAGGCUAAUGAGUACUGUAAAAAGUUCCAAGAAUAUGCACAUCUGUGGUUAGAUGACCGGCAGGAGUUCCUUCAUCAGUUUAUAACCUAUGGGCAUGCUUUAACCCCGGAAGAAAUUUACUUGGUGGAAGCGGGCAUUGAAGACCAUCCAAACUUACAGAAGAAUCCUCCAACUCUACCUAAAUUCAAAGAACAAAUCGAUCACUUUGAUCAGCAGUAUGCCACAAUAGAGAAAAUGGAUCCUACAGCAGUCUUUUCAGGAUGGUUUCAGGUUAAUUUACAGCCGUUUAAAGAAACACUUCUCAUUAAUGUAAGUGAAUGGAGCAAACUUCUCAAACAGCACCUGGAAAAUCAUGUUAUUAACAGCCUCCAAGAGCUUUCAGACUUUAUUGCGGAAGCUAAUAAAGUCUUAUUGACACCAGUGGAUUAUGAUGUGCUUCCUAAAAUCAUGAUCUACUUAAAUCAAGUGAAAGAGCGAAGUUUGACUACUGACCAAAUGUUUGAUCCUAUAAAGGAAACAAUAAAUCUGUUGAAGACAUAUGAUGUUGAAUUUUCAGAUGAAGUACACCAGCAACUGCAGAGUUUACCUGAAAUGUGGAAUAAUACUAUGAAAAUAGCAACUGUCACUAAGAUGCAAGCAACACCAUUCAUCAAUGCAGAAAGUGCCCUAAUAAGAGAAAAGCUGAAAGUUUUUGACUUGAAGCAGAUAAAGUAUCUUGAGUUCUUCAAAAAACUGCCUCUAUACAAGUAUACAUGUCGGGAUGAAUACAACCUCAUGAAUACUACAAAUAAUGAACUUAAAAAUCUAGAGACCCAACUAGAGGAAAUAAAAUCGCAAGCAGAUUUAUUUGAAGUUAAUGUGCCAGAAUUCAAACAAAUUACGCUUUGUCGAAAGGAUCUUGCUAUGCUGAAGACUUUAUGGGAUUAUAUCAAUGUUGUGCGAUCCAACAUUGAUGACUGGAAAACAACUCGAUGGAAAGAAAUUGAUGUUGAGGCUAUGGAUCAAGAAUGUAAGAAGUUUGGGAAAAGCCUUCGUGGACUAGACAAAGAGAUGCGAGUGUGGGAUGCCUACAUUAGCCUGGAAGGUACGUUGAAGAAUUUAUUAACAUCCUUGAGAGCUGUGACAGAACUUCAAAAUCCAGCAAUUAGGGAACGUCAUUGGAAGCAGCUUAUGGAAGCAACGAAGAAUGUAGUGGCCCUCCCCAGUGAUAUGCAGGUCAAGUUCCAUAUGGAUGCUUCAACGACACUUGCUGACUUGUUGGCACUGAAUCUUCACAAAUAUGAGGAGGAGGUAAAGAAUAUAGUUGACAAAUCUGUCAAGGAAAUGUCAAUGGAGAAGGUACUCAAAGAAUUACAUGCAACAUGGUCAACAAUGGAAUUUGAACGUGAAGUCCAUCCACGAACAGGCUGCACCUUACUUCGGGCCAGCGAAGAGCUUAUUGAAACACUGGAGGACAACCAGGUGCAGCUGCAAAAUCUAAUGGGUUCCAAGUACAUUGCUUAUUUCCUGGAAGAGGUGUCAGACUGGCGGACGAAACUUUCGAAUGCUGAUCAAGUUAUUUCAAUUUGGUUUGAGGUACAACGUACAUGGACCCACCUUGAAUCAAUAUUUAUAGGGUCAGAAGAUAUUCGUAAUCAGCUACCAGAAGACUCCCAGAGGUUUGAUAGAAUCGACAGAGAAUUCAGAGAUUUACUGUCAGAUGUGAGCAAGACUCCAAAUGUUGUUGUGGCUACAAACAGACAUGGUCUCUGUGAAAAAUUAGAGAAUCUGCAACAGAUGCUUGUAUUAUGUGAGAAGGCCCUAGCUCAGUACUUAGAAACCAAGCGUCUUGCUUAUCCAAGAUUCUACUUUGUUUCGUCUGCUGACUUGCUGGAUAUUCUUUCAAAUGGAAAUCAGCCAGAGCUGGUUUGCAAACAUCUCUCCAAGCUGUAUGAUUCACUGGCUAAACUGAAAUUUACUCAGGAAGGAGGCAGAAACACAAAGAUGUCUCAUACAAUGGUGGCCAAAGAUGGAGAAGAAGUGAGACUGGAUGGUAUUUGUGACUGUUCAGGAAAGGUUGAAAUAUGGCUAAAUCGUGUAACUGAUGCUAUGCGAAGGACAUGUCGUUAUUAUUUUGAAAAUGCUGUUUCUACAUACGAUGAGAAACCUCGAGAACAGUGGCUCUUUGACUACCCUGCACAACCAGCAUUAUGCGGCACACAGAUCUGGUGGGCUACUGAAGUUAACAUGGCAUUUGCUCACCUUGAAGAAGGCUUUGAGAAUGCUCUUAAAGACUACCAGAAGAAACAGAUAUCGCAGCUGAGUGUACUUAUAACAUUGCUUCUUGGUGAUCUCACAAAAGGAGAUCGCCAAAAAAUUAUGACAAUUUGUACAAUUGAUGUUCAUUCCAGAGAUGUUGUUGCAAAGCUGAUUCAACAAAAAGUUGAAUCAGCAUCGGCAUUCCAAUGGCAAUCACAGCUCAGGCAUAGGUGGGAUCAGAAAUUUAAAGAUUGUUUUUGCAAUAUAUGUGAUGCACAAUUUAGAUAUGGCCAUGAGUAUCUUGGAAAUACACCUCGUUUAGUCAUCACGCCACUUACUGACCGUUGUUAUAUCACACUGACCCAGUCAUUGCACUUGAUCAUGGGAGGAGCACCAGCUGGGCCUGCAGGUACAGGCAAAACAGAGACUACAAAAGACCUUGGCAGAGCAAUGGGUGUCAUGGUCUAUGUAUUCAACUGUUCAGAACAAAUGGAUUACAAGUCAUGUGGAAAUAUCUACAAGGGCUUAGCACAGACUGGUGCAUGGGGCUGUUUUGAUGAAUUCAAUCGCAUCUCUGUAGAAGUAUUGUCUGUGGUGUCUGUACAAGUGAAAUCUGUUCUGGAUGCUAUUAAGGGCAAGAAGACAACUUUCAACUUUAUGGGCGAAGUCAUAGCUUUAAUACCAACUGUAGGGAUGUUCAUUACUAUGAACCCAGGGUAUGCUGGAAGAACGGAGCUACCUGAAAAUUUGAAAGCACUUUUCAGGCCAUGUGCAAUGGUGGUACCAGAUUUUGAACUGAUCUGUGAAAUUAUGUUAGUGGCAGAAGGUUUCCAAGAAGCACGCCUCUUGGCUCGUAAGUUCAUCACUCUUUACACUCUGUGCCGGGAGCUGUUGUCCAAACAAGACCACUAUGAUUGGGGACUCAGGGCAAUAAAGUCUGUGCUAGUAGUUGCUGGCUCUCUCAAGCGUAGUGACCGAGAGAGACCAGAAGAUCAAGUGUUAAUGAGGGCCUUGAGAGAUUUCAAUAUACCAAAGAUAGUUACUGAUGAUGUACCUGUCUUCAUGGGUCUCAUUGGGGAUCUGUUCCCUGCACUGGAUGUUCCUAGGAAACGAGAUCUAGAUUUUGAAAAAAUGGUGAAGCAAGCUGCUGUGGAUAAUAAACUCCAGCCUGAAGAUAAUUUUAUUCUCAAGAUAGUACAGCUGCAGGAACUUCUAGAAGUAAGACACUCAGUCUUCAUAGUUGGGAAUGCUGGUACUGGCAAGACUAUGGUAUGGCGCACACUAUUCAGGACAUACCAAAAUAUGAAGAGGAAGCCAUUUUACAAUGACUUAAACCCAAAAGCUGUCACUAAUGAUGAGCUCUUUGGGAUAAUAAACCCUGCUACCAGAGAAUGGAAGGAUGGUUUGUUCUCAGUUAUCAUGCGUGAUCAAGCCAACUUAGCUGGUGAUGGUCCGAAGUGGAUCAUGCUUGAUGGAGACAUUGAUCCAAUGUGGAUUGAAUCUCUUAAUACUGUGAUGGAUGACAAUAAGGUCUUGACACUAGCUAGUAAUGAAAGAAUUGCCCUUACACCAAUGAUGCGACUACUAUUCGAAAUUUCAAACUUGAGAACUGCUACUCCAGCUACCGUUUCUCGAGCAGGAAUACUUUACAUAAACCCACAGGAUCUUGGCUGGGGUCCAUUUGUUACAAGUUGGAUUGAUAAAAGGGAGAUAGAGACAGAAAAGCGAAAUCUUAGCACUUUGUUUGAAAAAUAUGUUCCACCUUGCCUGGAUGCAGUACGUUUAAAGUUUAAAAAAAUUACACCUAUUCCUGACAUAUCACACGUCCAGAUGUUAUGCCAUCUGCUUGAUUGUUUGCUCACACCAACAAAUCUGCCUCCAGAAUGUCCAAAUGAAUGGUAUGAAGUAUAUUUUGUAUUUGCAUGCAUUUGGGCAUUUGGAUCUGCAUUGUUUCAAGAUCAGCUGGUGGACCACAGAGUUGAAUUUACUAAAUGGUGGACAAAUGAAUUCAAAAGUAUCAAAUUACCUCCUCAAGGCACUGUUUUUAAUUACUUCAUAGAUAAUGAGACAAAAGCUUUCAUGCCAUGGACUGAAAAAGUCAAAAAGUUUGAACUUAACUAUGAUAUCCCAUUACAGUCAUUACUUGUGGAUACAAAUGAGACAUCACGCCUUCGGUUUUUCAUGGAUCUUCUAAUGGAGAAAGGUCUUCCAGUGAUGCUUGUUGGAACUGCUGGGUCAGGAAAGAGUGUUAUUGUGGCAGAAAAGCUGAGUGCGUUGCCAGAAGAUUACAUUGUUACAAAUGUACCAUUCAACUUUUAUACCACAUCUGAAAUGCUGCAAGCUGUGUUGGAGAAACCACUUGAGAAGAAAGCUGGACGCAAUUAUGGGCCUCCAGGCAGCAAACUCAUGGUGUAUUUUGUAGAUGAUAUGAAUAUGCCUGAAGUGGAUACCUAUGGCACUGUGCAACCUCACACAUUGAUUCGUCAGUACUUUGACUAUAGACACUGGUAUGAUCGGAUCAAGCUUUCUCUGAAGGACAUUCACAACUGCCAGUUUGUUUCCUGCAUGAACCCAACAGCAGGCAGUUUCACUAUCAAUCCACGGCUUCAGCGCCACUUCAGUGUUUUUGCUGUGAGCACUCCCUCACCUGAGUCCCUAUUUCAUAUUUAUCAUUCUAUUCUUAGCCAACAUUUGGCUAAUCCUAUACUGAAGUUUAAUCCAGCCAUUCUGAAGAUAACUCAAGAGUUGGUGAAUGCUGCUCUUUUUCUCCAUGGCAAGAUGGGAGCCAUGUUUCUGCCAACAGCUGUGAAAUUCCAUUAUGUUUUCAACUUGCGGGAUCUGUCAAAUAUAUUCCAGGCUAUGCUGUUCAGUAUCGCUGAAUGUGUGCCCACUGCAAGAGAUCUUAUACGACUGUGGAUUCAUGAGGCUACACGAGUGUAUGGAGAUAAGCUGGUUGAUACAGCUGAUGCAGAAGUUUUCAGCAAGCUAGUGGCUACUGUAGUUAAAAAGGGAUUUCAGGAGAUAGAUGAAAACAUUUUCGACAAGCCAUUAAUUUUUUGUCAUUUUGCUGAAGGUAUCGGUGAAAGUAAGUACUUGCCAAUUAGCAACUGGGCUCAACUAAGCCGGUUGUUAGCAGAAGCUCUGGGACAGUACAAUGACCUAGUAGCUGCCAUGAAUCUGGUAAUGUUUGAAGAUGCUAUGCAACAUGUUUGCCGUAUAAACAGAAUUCUGGAAGCUCCGCGAGGAAAUGCACUGUUAGUAGGUGUUGGAGGCAGUGGAAAGCAAUCCCUCUCUCGUCUGUCUGCAUUCAUUUCAUCACUUGAGGUGUUUCAGAUUCAACUACGGAAAGGCUAUUCAAUGAAUGAUAUGAAAUUAGAUCUUGCCGCCCUCUAUUUGAAAGCUGGAAUUAAGAAUGUAGGAAUUAUGUUUCUGAUGACUGAUUCCCAAGUUGCAGAGGAAAAAUUUCUUGUCCUUGUCAAUGACAUGCUGGCGUCAGGUGAAAUACCAGGUCUGUUUGCAGAUGAUGAAAUUGAAAAUAUUAUAGGCGCUAUGAGAAAUGAAGUAAAAGCAGCAGGAUUGCCUGAAACAAAAGAGGUUUGCUGGAAAUUUUACAUUGACAGAGUACGAAGGUUGUUAAAAGUAGUUCUCUGCUUUUCACCAGUUGGUUCUACAUUAAGAGUAAGAGCUAGAAAAUUCCCUGCAGUGGUAAACUGUACAUCUAUAAACUGGUUUCAGGAAUGGCCACAAGAAGCUCUGGAGUCUGUAUCUGAACGUUUCUUGCUAGAGGUAGAGGUGCUUCCAGAGGAGGUUCGUAGAUCUGUAUCUCUCUUUAUGGCUUAUGUUCAUACUGUUGUUAAUGAAAUGUCACAAGUAUACUUAAAUAAUGAAAAACGAUACAAUUACACAACACCAAAGACAUUUCUUGAGCAGAUCAAUCUGUAUUCUAAGUUACUGAAUGAGAAAACAGAUGAACUACAAAGCCGUAUUAUAAGAUUGACAAAUGGUUUGGAGAAAUUAGCAAGUACUGCUCAGCAGGUGGAUGGACUAAAAGAGACUCUUGCAGUACAAGAAGUGGAAGUAAAAGAAAAGAAUGAUGCUGCUGACAAACUAAUUCAGGUGGUUUCUACAGAGACAGAGAAAGUUUCUAAAGAAAAAGUAAUUGCAGCUGAAGAGGAAAGAAAUGUGCGGAUAAUUGAAGCUGAAGUUAGUGCCAAGCAGAAAGUAUGUGAAGAAGAAUUACUGAAAGCAGAACCUGCACUUCUUGCUGCACAGGAGGCUCUUAAUACAUUGAAUAAAAAUAAUUUAACUGAACUGAAGUCUUUUGGUGCACCUCCUCCUGCAGUAGUGAAUGUGACUGCAGCUGUUAUGGUGCUGUUUGCUCCAAAAGGCAAAAUACCAAAAGACCGUAGCUGGAAAGCGUGUAAAGUUAUGAUGGCCAAAGUUGAUGAGUUUCUCAACAACCUGAUAUAUUAUGAUAAAGAGCACAUCCAUCCAGAAGUUAUAAAGGCUAUACAGCCUUAUUUGAAAGACCCUGAGUUUGUACCUGAAAACAUUCUUAGUAAAUCACAGGCAGCUGCAGGACUGUGUGCAUGGGUUAUAAACAUAAUGAAAUUUUAUGAUGUGUAUGUUGUAGUAGAACCAAAGCGCCGUGCACUAAUACAAGCAAACAAUGAACUUCAAGCUGCCAAAGAUCGACUAAGUUCCCUUCAGGAGAAGCUGAAGAGUUUGGAAGACCAGUUGGCAACAUUAACUAGUGAAUUUGAGGCAGCUCUUGCUGCAAAACAGAAAUGCCAACAAGAAGCUGAUGCCACAGCUUUAACAAUAGACCUUGCAAAUCGCCUAGUCAAUGGUCUAGCGUCAGAAAACGUCCGCUGGAGAGACAGUGUAGCUAAUUUGAAAGAAGCUGCUUCUAUGUUGCCUGGAGAUGUCCUGAUGGUGACUGCAUUUAUAUCUUAUGUUGGCUGCUUUACUCGACAAUAUCGAAUUGACCUGCAAGAGAAGUACUGGGCACCGUUCAUUGCACAACUAGAUCCAGCAAUACCACUCACAGAGGGUAUGGAUCCAUUAAGCUUACUGACAGACGAUGCUCAAAUUGCAGCUUGGAACAAUGAAGGCCUUCCAAGUGAUCGCAUGUCUGCAGAAAAUGCGACUAUUCUAACUAACUCCACCCGCUGGCCAUUGAUGAUUGAUCCACAACUUCAGGGUAUCAAGUGGAUAAAAACAAAGUAUGGUGAGGAACUAAAAGUUGUACGUUUAGGUCAAAAAACUUGUAUGGAUGUUAUUGAAACUUCUAUAGCAGAGGGAUAUACUGUUUUACUAGAGAAUAUUGGAGAAUCUGUUGAUGCUGUAUUAGAACCACUACUUGGGCGUAACCUGAUAAAGAAAGGUAAAGCAAUAAAAAUGGGUGACAAGGAAGUGGACUAUAAUCCUCGGUUUAGACUUAUUUUGCAGACAAAAUUGGCAAAUCCACAUUAUAAGCCAGAAAUGCAGGCACAGACAACAUUAAUUAAUUUCACAGUGACAAGAGAUGGAUUAGAGGAACAGAUUUUAGCAGAAGUGGUCAAAGCUGAAAGACCAGAUCUUGAAAGUCUGAAGUCAGAGCUCACAAAACAACAAAAUGAUUUCAAAAUCACACUGAAAAUGCUUGAAGAUGAUUUGCUGCAGCGUUUGGCAUCAGCAGGGGAUGAUAUUUUGAGCGAUACAACUUUAGUCACAAAUCUAGAAACUACUAAGAGAACAGCAGCAGAAAUUGAAGUUAAAGUAGCUGAAGCAAAAAUCACUUCUGUUCAAAUAGAUGAAGCAAGAGAACAGUACCGUCCUGCUGCCACAAGGGCAUCACUUUUGUAUUUUAUAUUAAAUGAUCUGCACAAAAUCAAUCCUAUGUAUCAGUUUUCACUUAAAGCUUUCAGUGUGGUAUUUCAAAAUGCAAUUGCACAAGCACAACCAGCUGAAGCUUUAUCAGAGAGAGUUUUGCAUCUGAUUGACAGUAUAACAUUUUGUGUUUUUAUGUAUACCAGUCGUGGCCUCUUUGAAUGUGACAAAUUGAUUUUUAUGGCACAAAUGGCAAUACAGAUACUUCUUACAAGCAAUGAAAUACAUCCUGCAGAACUUGAUUUUCUGUUACGAUUUCCUGCAAAUCCAAAUGUGGUGAGCCCUGUGGAUUUUCUCACGAAUAUGGGUUGGGGAGGUAUUAAAACACUGACAAACAUGGAUCAGUUCAAAAAUCUUGAUAGAGACAUAGAAGGUGCUGCCAAGAGGUGGAAGAAAUAUGUGGAAGCAGAAACACCUGAAAGGGAAAAAUUGCCACAAGAAUGGAAAAAUAAAUCAGCCUUACAAAGACUCUGUAUAAUGAGGUCUCUAAGACCAGACAGAAUGACAUAUGCAAUGAGGACAUUCAUUGAAGAGAAACUAGGGAACAAAUACACAGAAGCCCGUAAUGUUGAAUUCGCAAAAUCAUUCCAGGAGACAACAUCUACAACACCGGUUUUCUUCAUACUGUCUCCUGGUGUAGAUCCACUAAAAGAUGUUGAGAAGCUAGGGAAAAAAUUAGGUUUCACAUUUGACAAAAGAAAUUUUCAUAAUGUAUCCCUAGGUCAGGGUCAAGAAGUUGUUGCAGAAGAAGCUAUGGAAAUUGCAUCGCAGAAAGGUCAUUGGGUAAUCCUUCAGAAUAUACAUCUGGUAAAGAACUGGCUCCCAUCACUGGAGAAAAAGAUGGAACAAUGCAGUGAAUCAGCACACACAGCUUUCAGGCUCUUUAUGAGUGCUGAACCAGCAGGUGAUCCCUCAGCUCAUAUCAUUCCACAAGGGAUUUUAGAAUCAUCAAUAAAAAUUACCAAUGAACCACCGACAGGAAUGCUUGCAAAUCUCCAUAAAGCACUGGACAACUUUACUCAAGAAACAUUGGAAAUGUGUUCCAAAGAGACUGAAUUUAAGGCAAUCCUUUUUUCACUUUGUUACUUUCAUGCUGUAAUAGCUGAAAGAAGGAAAUUUGGACCUCAAGGAUGGAACAGAGUGUAUCCUUUCAAUGUUGGUGACUUAACAAUAAGUGUGAAUGUACUAUACAACUACUUAGAAAAUAGUACAAAGGUCCCAUGGGAAGACUUGCGCUAUCUGUUUGGUGAAAUUAUGUAUGGAGGACACAUCACAGAUGACUGGGACCGCCAUUUGUGUCGAACAUAUCUCAAUGAAUAUAUGAAGCCUGAACUGCUGGAUGGAGACUUGUUUCUUGCACCGGGAUUCAAAGCACCACCAAAUCUUGACUAUCAGGGUUAUCACAACUACAUUGAUAAGUAUUUGCCAUCUGAAUCUCCAUAUCUAUAUGGUCUGCAUCCAAAUGCUGAAAUUGGGUUUUUGACAACCACUUCAGAAAACCUUUUCCGCACUCUACUGGAAAUGCAACCUAGAGAUGCUGGGGCUUCAGGUGCUACAACCAUGUCACGUGAAGAUAAGGUGAAGUCAGUUCUAGAAGAUAUAUAUGAUAAAUUACCAGAACCAUUUAACAUUGUUGAACUGAUGGCUAAAGUUGAAGACAGGACACCAUAUGUAAUUGUUGCAAUUCAAGAGUGUGAGCGAAUGAAUUCACUAACAUCAGAGAUGAGGCGUUCAUUAAGGGAGCUGAAUUUAGGUCUGAAGGGUGAGCUAACAAUAACGAGUGACAUGGAAGACUUGGAAGCGGCACUCUUCAUGGAUACAGUACCAGCCUCAUGGACAAAACGAGCAUAUCCAUCCAUGCUUACUCUUGGGCCUUGGUUUGUAGACUUUCUACUUCGCCUUAGAGAACUUGAGGAAUGGUCUUCGGACUUUCAGCUCCCUUCAGCAGUCUGGCUGGCAGGAUUCUUCAACCCACAGUCUUUCCUCACAGCAAUUAUGCAAUCCACUGCACGUAAAAAUGAAUGGCCACUGGAUAAAAUGUGCCUCCACACUGAUGUCACAAAGAAGCAGAAAGAAGAGUUCAGGUCACCACCUCGAGAGGGCGCUUAUGUGCAUGGACUAUACAUGGAAGGUGCACGAUGGGACACAGAUGUUGGAGGAAUUGUUGAAUCUCGACUCAAGGAGCUUUUCCCUGUAAUGCCUGUUGUCUAUAUAAAAGCCAUUACACAAGACAAACUAGAUCUGCGCAAUAUGUAUGAAUGUCCUGUAUACAAAACCCGAACGCGUGGACCCACAUAUGUGUGGACAUUCAACCUACGUACACGAGCAAAGCCUGCCAAGUGGACUCUUGCUGGUGUUGCAAUUCUAUUGCAGAUUUGAAAUUUGCUUUUUAUAUUUUGUACUUUUUGUAAGAAUUGUAUAUAGCAACAUUAAUAAAUACAUUUUUACUUUCUUGAUUUCCC